GUGCCCCGUAUUGGCGUGUGCGUGUGGUUAACCAGGGAACUAAACCGGUUCGUUUUCGGUUUGGUCCAGGAUUGAAUUGUCCCAGGUUGAGGUUUGUGCAGCCUGGUUCCAGAGCACCUCCAGCAGAACUUCAGAGCCCUGGUGCAUCAUUUUUAUGUGGAAGUAAUCGUAGCUUUGCAUUGUAGUUCAUUGUAGUCUUAAGCUGACUAGGGGAAGUUUAGGUUGGACAUUAGGAUGAAUUUUUUCAUAGACAGGGUGAUGAGAUGUUGGAAUGGGCUGACCAGAGAGGUACCAGGCGGGGUCACUGUCCUCGGAGCUGUUUAAGAAAAGACUGGACAUGGCACUCAGGGCCAAGGUCUGUUGACAUGGUGGUGGUUGGGUCAUAGGUGACUCCAUCUCACAUGUCUUUUCCAGCCUAGUUGAUUCUGUAAUUCAGAGUGAAGAUUUUUGUUCAUUCAUACACUAUGAAGUUGUUCCUGGAUCUAACUCCUUCAUCUCUGUUUUUUCCCCAAUCUUUUUCAAGCAGUCAACUUUCUCUAUUUCACUAUGAUGUCUUUAACAUUGUUUGUACUGAAAACACGAUAAAUAAACCUAACUUCUAAAUACUUAAGAAGUGAUUUCCUCUGGAUUUUGGAACAAAAUUGUGAGUUUAUAUGGAAGAAAUGCUGCGACUGUUCUCAAACUCUAUUACAGACUGAUUUCAAUUGUUGCAUCAUAUUUUGUUGAGUAACAGAAGUUCUACUCCUUAUUGAUCAAUGUGACAGUGUUCAGUAGUUUACGAGAUGAGCCAAACUCGUGGGAAGUAUGACUUCUGUAUUGGUCUGGUGUUGGCUAUGAGUUCCAGCAUUUUCAUUGGAGGAAGUUUCAUCCUGAAAAAGAAAGGUCUCCUCCGGUUAGCCAGGAAAGGCUCCAUGAGAGCAGGUCAAGGUGGUCAUGCAUACCUUAAGGAAUGGCUGUGGUGGGCUGGACUUCUUUCAAUGGGAGCUGGAGAAGUAGCGAACUUUGCUGCCUAUGCUUUUGCACCAGCUACGUUAGUGACUCCUCUAGGAGCUCUCAGUGUUCUUGUAAGUGCCAUUCUGUCAUCCUUCUUUUUAAAUGAAAAACUUAAUUUACAUGGAAAAAUAGGAUGUUUGUUAAGUAUACUGGGAUCAACUGUGAUGGUAAUUCAUGCUCCACAAGAGGAAGAAGUAGAAACUUUGGAUGAAAUGUCUCACAAACUAGGUGAUCCAGGUUUUGUGGUCUUCGCAACGCUGGUUGUCAUUGUGUCUUUAAUCCUAAUAUGUGUGGUGGGACCUCGCCAUGGACAGACCAACAUUCUCGUGUACAUAACAAUUUGCUCUGUAAUUGGAGCCUUAUCAGUCUCCUGUGUCAAAGGUCUGGGCAUCGCUAUAAAGGAACUUUUUGCAGGAAAACCAGUGCUGAAACAUCCCUUGUCUUGGAUUCUGCUGCUAAGCCUUACUGUCUGUGUGAGCACGCAGAUCAACUAUUUAAACAGGGCUCUGGAUAUAUUCAACACUUCAAUAGUGACUCCAAUAUAUUAUGUAAUCUUUACAACAUCUGUUUUAACUUGUUCUGCCAUCCUUUUCAAGGAAUGGCAACACAUGGCGGCCGAUGACAUUAUCGGCACCUUCAGCGGCUUCCUGACUAUUAUUGUGGGGAUCUUUUUAUUGCAUGCCUUCAAAGAUGUUAACUUCACCCUAGCAAACCUGCCCCUCUCUCUGCGGAAGGAUGAUAGAGCAGCAAAUGGCACUCUGCUGAGCACAUAUGACAGCUUUAAUGAUGAUGAAGAAAGUUCUGCCUGCCUAGGUGAAAUGCAAUCCAGUGAGAGUCUCUCAGCCAGGAGAAAUGGGAGCCUGUCAGCUUUCUGAAAAUAUCUACGUGUUACUUAAGAAAAGAACAAUUCUGUAACCCUGGAAUUUUUUUUUUUCUGCUGUGAAAUGUCUGAGCUUGUCUGGAAAUUCAUGUACUUUUUAACAGUAUGUGUAGACAAUCGUUGAUUUUUGAGUUCAAUUAGUUUGGAUAAAGAACACUGAAAUGUUUUUUAUUUGCCUUAUUUUUACUUUAAAAAGUACUAAAAUGACCUCAGACCACAAAUGGUUUUGUUGCUUAAGUUAUGUGUAAAUACUUUCAUUUCAUUCUUCUGUUUUUAAGAUGUAUUGCACUAAUUACAAUUUUAUCAAAAAUAAA